CCUCUGUACGUGAUGGACGAGAUCGACGCGGCCCUCGACUUCCGCAACGUGUCCAUCGUCGGCAACUACAUCAAGGAGCGGACGCGCAACGCCCAGUUCGUCAUCAUCUCGCUGCGCAACAACAUGUUCGAGCUGGCCGACCGGCGAGCGCUGGUCGGCAUCUACAAGACCAAGGACUGCACCAAGAGCGUCGCGAUCAACCCGGGCGCCUUCACGAUCAGCGCGCGGGCCUAG